AUGCCGCCGCCCGAAGCCGAAGAGGAGGAGAUGAGGUUGAUGGGGGAGUAUGACACGACCACCGAGGACCACGAGGACCACGAGGACGAGCCCUUCGACCACCGCCAGUACGAUGAGAAUCUCGACAGGGCCGAGGUCAGCGUCGUCGAGGAGCUGGAGCCGCCAUCCGUCUUUGGCGCCCGCGGCUCCUUUGCGCCGCCUCCUGUCUACGCCAACAUCCAUCGGAUACGCCGCCUGAUCCGAGCCAGCAUCGAUGACCCCUACACGAUGGACCAUUUCCACGAGCCCAAGCUCAAUGCGCUCGUCGUGCGUCCGCUGGUCGACCGCAUCUACGACGCCAAGGACUCCUCCACGAUCUACUGCCUCCUCGCGAACCGCGUCUACUUCCUCCGCGAGCAGACCGGCCUCUCCUACCAGAGCGUCAACAGUGCCCGAGCCACUCUCUGCGAGCUCCUCGCCAGUCGCGUGUUCCGCCGCUUCCACGAAGACCACCCGGGCGACUCGGGCCUCCUCCUCCUCGCGCACGUCCUCGUCGAGGGCUACGACCCCUUCCAAGGCGCCCCGAACGAAGUCGAGCGACGAUACCGCCCCCUACAAUGGCCCGUACAGGAGCGCAAAGGCCACGAGCGGAAGCUCACGGCGCUGGAGCUUGCCAUCAUCUCCGAGAGCAAGUUCUUCAUCAGCACCGCGGCCUUCCAGCUCGUCGUCGACGCCGUGCAUACGGGCCAGGUCACGUAUACGCCGCUGUCCUUCAUCGAUAUCCUGCCCGACCACUACGAACAUCUGCCCAUUACGAUGUACCAUCCGAGAAAAUCCCACCUGCUGAACCACCACCGACUCAAGGUGCCGCGCAUCCGAGGCUUCGUCGAGCUGUUCCAGUUCGUCAUCCUCUUCUUCCUCUACUUCAUGACGAUGCAUUACAAACACGAGAUGUGGAGUCUGUGGGAGCUGGCUUUCUGUAUCUACACAGCCGGCUGGGUGCUGCAGGAGUUUGCCGCAGUCAUUGAGCACGGCUGGGAGCUCCAUUCCCAGAGCCUGUGGUCCUUCCUCGACAUCAGCUUCAUCGCCAUCUACGCCGCCUACUUCCUCGCCCGAAUCUUCGAUCUCGUCACCGGCCGCAUCGCCGACGGAUACGGCCUCUCCAUCCUCACCAUUGCCGCGCCCAUCGUCCUCACCCGCAUCGCCUUUAACCUCCUCCCGAACAACAUCGUCUUCAUCUCGCUGCACGCCAUGAUGCGGGACUUCACCAUCCUCACCUUCAUCGGCAUCUGGUGCUUCACGGGCUUCCUGCUCGCCCUCCAGUGGCUGCUGAAGGCGAAGGAGGCGAGCGACCCGGACACCCCCAAUUGGAUGACGAUAUGCAAGUGGCUCUUGUGGAUUUGGUUCGGUCUCGAUGGAACGGGUAUCGACGAGGCGGCAGGCUUCCACAUCAUCCUGGGUCCAGCGCUCAUGAUCAGCUUUGCCUUCCUGGGCAACACCCUAUUCUCAACCAUCCUCGUCGCCAUGCUGACCAACACCUUCUCUCGCAUCAUCACCAACGAGAAGACGGAGAUCAAGUUCCGCCGCACCGUCAUGACCUUCGAGGGCGUCAAGAGCGACUCCAUCUUCUCCUACCCCCCGCCCUUCAACAUCGCAGCCCUGGUCCUCCUACUACCCCUCAAACUCGUCAUGUCCGAGCGAGAAUUCCACUACCUCAACGUCUUCCUCGUCCAGACGAUCAACGCGCCCCUGCUCCUCAUCAUCACCUGCUUCGAGCGGCAGCUCUGGGCGCCCAAGAAGGAGAAGAGCUCGUGGGCCAAGCUCGUCUUCACCGGCUUCUGGCCGCACGGAGACAUCAACGCCGUGCUCAAGGCCGACCCGCCGCCGGAGCUCAUCGCCCAGCUCGAGCGGCUCGACCCGAUCAAGGAGAUUUCCGUCCUGGAGGACGAUUUGAUAGCGGAGGCGCAGCAUGAGGUGACGCACGCGAAGCUGAGGAGGGCCAUGAUGGGCGCCCUAGGUUAG